GAUAAAUUGCACCUUGACUUUUUGAUCCGUCGCUUGUAGAAACAGAAAGAAAAUUUCUUACUUUAAUGAGAGCUGUGCUGGAUGCGUGAAUAGUUUAUUGUGUGUGGUUAAUAAAGGAAUGUAAUUCACCCAUUUCAAGGAAAGUAGACGUAAUCUUGUUAAUUAACUUGCUAAAAUCAAUAUUAUUUCGUGAAAAAACAUCAAAAUCAGCUUUUAUUGCAAAGAAAAACGUCGAAAUGCCUCCAAGCACGCAACCAUCGAAAGAUAAUUUUUAGCGGCGAGGUACCAACUUUGAUUUAUUUUCUAGUUCGAUAAAUCUGAAUAAUAGAUUAUCGUAUUGGAAGAAAUUACCGAUAUUUUUAAAAUUGCAUUUAUGAAUGUUGUAUCCGAGUACCAACAAUUUGGUGUAGCUUUAAAUUCAUGAUUUGUGGUCAUUUUUUAUGGUAUUAAUUUAUGAUUUGGGCAUCCUCAUUUUCAUGUCCUGUUAGGAACGUAGAAGAAAAGAGAUAAAAACUUUGUUGCGAUUUUACCACACUGUGUUCAGUGGCAGAAAUUCAUUUUCCAGGUGGGGAGGGGGGGGGGGGACAAAGCCCAAAGAAACCUGCAAAUUUGCCGACUAAUAACAUACUUCACUACAAAAGCGUGUUUUAACCGACAAUUUUGCAAAAUCUGGGGUGCUCACCUCUUUCCCCACACCCCCACGCAAUUUCCGCCACUGACUGUACCCCUUUCUUGUCGACUGCUUAAAUUAGACCAACCGCCUCAAGUGCUGUCACAUUUUAGCAGCAGCAGCAUCACAUCAAAGAUAUCAGUCCAGUCCAGUCUAGUCCAGCCCAGUCCAGUUCUGCCCAGUUGAGGCCAGUUCGGGUCAGGUCAGGCCAGGCAAGAUCAGGUCAUGUCAUGUCAGGUAAUUUCAGGUCAGGUCAGGUCAGUUCUGUUCAAUUCAGUUCUGUUCAGUUCAGGUCAAUUCAAAUCAGUUCAGGUCAGUUCAGUUCAGAAUUCCACUGCGUUGAUACAGUUUGUUACAAGUACACAUGUAAACACUUGAAUGCUAAUGGUCGUUUGAUAAUAUAAACAUUAUCGAUAUCAAUUAAAUAAACAAACACAAUACAGAGAAGCAAGCUAAGAUUACACAAAGGAAGAAACCUUUGAGGUAGAAAAAAAUUUUCACGACCAUUGGAAACUUUUUUACUUUAAAUGGAGGGCAAAUUGCGGUGAUUUUAAAGAUUUUUGUAUUUGGAAAAGAAAGCAAAAAGAAAUUAUUUAAUAUUGGAUAGCUAUCUUAUGGUGUGGUGCCUCAAUUCUGGUAGAUAUUUUGGUAAAUCAUCAUUUGCUGGUCCAAGUUCCAAGGAUAGUAACAAUGCUGUCCCUCUUCAACUACGACCAGUGCUUGUAAAUUAUCUAUUUUCUAGUUUUAUCAACUUUUCUUAACUAUGCAUAACUUCUUUACAAAAUGAUUGACAAAGCAGUUUAGUAACUGAACGGUUACCCUGUAUAAGUGAGUUUUCGAUUGAGAUAAAAUCCAAAUUCUCCUGGAUUUACCAAAUGUAUUGGCACUAUGAGUAAUGAAAACCACAGUUGGUAUGGCCAUACUAAGAAAAAUCUAAACAAGAUAAUCAAGGCAAUCAAUUUACCAAAUGCACAAGGCAAUGAGCUCCAAUGACACUACAAUGAUUAAAAUACAAAGAAUAGUGAUACAUUUUUCUACCCUAUUUGUUAAUUAAACAAUUGGGCGUUAGCUGAGAGUAUUAAUUUGUUAGCUCUAGGAUAUGGUAAAUAUACUUGAUACAAACACUCUUGUUUCUUGUAAAAUAGGUCUCCAAGAACAAGAAAAGCACUUACAUUUUGUAGGUUGAAAUUAGAAUUAGCUGAAAGCUCUUAUCCCGAUAAGAAAUUAGAUGUUGUUGUAAGAUUUUUUACCUAUUUUCGUCUGCAAGGUUUGAGCAAUUGUUGUCUUUGGUGGCUCCAUAUCCAGUGAAUGAAUCGAAGUUUCGCAAACCAGUAGGUGCUAAGAGAGACUAUGUGUGACUCUUAAGCACCUUUUCUGGUGAAUCGCAUCUAUCAGUUGGCAUGAGCUAUAGUCAGGGGUGGAUCCAGCAAAAAAUCUGACUUAGUUCCAGGCCAAGGCUAGGGUCUUUUAGGUAAUGCAUUGAUAAAUGUGCCUAAGACAACUGAAUUAUCCACAUUUAUGCAUUUUGGUAUUUUUUUGGGGGGGGGGGUGGUAGGUACUACCCACUCACUAAAUCUAGAUUAUAGAUUUCUUUCCGACAGAAACCAGUGCCUCUGUGAAAAUUGCUGCAACCCCCUUUCUUUCUAAAUACCCUCUUGUUUAUCUUGGAUGCCACAGCAAAUUUUUCCCUUUUGUUUUACUCGCAAUUUUUUGUUUUGCCUACGUAGACACCAGCCUAUUUAUCAAAAUACGGUGUUCCGUCUGACCAUAGGUCUCUCUUGCCAUCAACGAUUGCAAUUUCAAAUAAAGGUAGUUAAUUCUCCUCGAAAAUUAACGAUACGUCCUGGUUUUAUCUCAAACGAUUAAUAAUCUGCUAGAAUGCUGCGAGGGUCGUGAAAUAAAACAUCUGUAGUCGCCAUUUCGAAUUCAAUGUUUUUCAGUUCAACUACUGGCUAUUGUACAGCUCUCUUACAAAUAUGGUAUCAUUUCCGAGUUCCAGAUGCUGUUUUGACUGAGUUCCAUCCGUGUUUCAAACAAAAAUUUCAUUGUUUUAAUUCAUUCACUUCCGAGGCACAAAACGUUUAUUUCCGAGUUCUAGGAUUAACUGCUGUUGUCCUCCGCAGCGUCUGGAAAAUCGUUUCAAAAUCACGACAGAGAAGAAGGAAGGAAAAGGGCGAAGGCAAUUUUAAGAUUUUGAAGAGACUGUGAUAAAAAAUAUAAUUUCUAGGUUUCACUUUUUUAGUCUAAAUAUUACUUGUUUCAGGCAACACUAUUUUUAGCUAUAUGUUGGAAAACUGACUGAGUUCUGUGCUCACUCUGGAUCCAGUCUGGAUCCGCCCCUGUAUAGGAUUAGCCCCAAAGCUGUUGAUAGGAUUAUAAAUUAAACAUGUAACGUACUUGCAGCAAAAAAUUUUAUCAUUUCUAAUCCAACACGAAGCAGCUUUUGGACUCAGACAUAUGUACUACAUAGGACGUCAAAUUCGUCGGCGAUAGAGAAAAGAGUUCAAAUAGUUUGAACUUUCAAGGCGAACGUCGCGCACAGCACAGGAAACGAAAAAAUUCAAAUACGCAUGCUCAUAACCUUUCACCGGCGAAGAAGCGAAAAAAUUUCGCCCAAUGGAGAUUGGCCUUCACACCGUCAGUAGCGGCGCCACGGGGGGAAGUUUUCAGCAAGAUCAAUUUUGCAUUGCGUCUAAAUCCGAUGAGAAAAUGUUGGGGGAGGGGUAAUAUUUUGGCAAUGUACUUUUCGUGAUGUGAUGCGAUGAUUUUCAAACUGCCUUUACAUAGCCAAAAGUUAGUCAUGAGCGUUCUCUUUUGGUAUAAUUGGCUUUCCUCGUUAGUAAAAGGGCGUUUUCUGGUGCUAAAAAGGGCAUGGCCUAAUUUUUUUGUUUUGUCCGCCCAGAGCGUAGUGGUUUGCGCCGCCAUUGCACACUUUAUUUCCUUUAAAUAGCGCCGCGGCGUUUAUUUGGAAAUCCAAAUUUGAAUGCGGUGUUCGAUAGAGGGCGGCGUUUAGUACAAAAUGAAAAGUUUGUUGAAUGAAAAAAUGACAAGAAAAGUGCCAUGAAAAAAGUAAAAAAUAGACUUUAAACAGUGUUUUCUUUUCCCAAAAACACGUAAUAAGAUUGAGUGAAAUUUUUAUUAAGCUCACAGAAAUGUCAAGGACUGUCAACAUUCGUGUCUCCGUCAGAGUCCCCGUCUCUAUGACAUAACAACUUGACAUAUGCAAUUUCAUAGCUUUCGAAUACUAAGCGUAUAAACUAUUGGUGUGUUUUCUAAUAAACGCCGCUUUUCAAGAUGCGGCGUUCAGUAGAGGGCGGCGUUUAUCUGAGGGCGGCGUUUAUCGGAGGGCGGCGUUAAUUAGAGGAAAUACGGUUUUUAUUUUAUGUUGAUUCGUAUCACAGUGUCAUAAGCCAGCGACUCAGGAUAGUGACUGGGAGGGCAAAUGUGGAAAGAAACUGUUUGUAGCAGGACGGGAUGUAUUCGGUAUUCCAGAGCAUUAUCUGUUCAAAUUAUUGUUAAAGAUCACACUACAACUCUCUGCGGGAUAGUGAAAUCGGAGGCCGACAAAAGCUUUUUGCGAAACACUUGCUGAAGCUAAGUAAAUCCUUUCAAUAUCGUUCUGGAAUUGAUAAGCUCUUUUCACUUCGUUCUUACACAAACUGCGUUACAUUUUAUUUGAUACUACUGCAAUCAUCUCUUACCCUUUUCGAAACUGAACGAGAAUAAGCCUCUAGGUAGUAGCUGUGAGGAACAUUAAAUUGGCAAUAUUACAUAGUAGGCGCUAACCCCCCCCCCCACACACUAUUUUGCAAUAACAGGGUAGAAAUUUGCAAUAAUAACAGAUUUACACUAACGCAUCACAUUAGUAGCAGAUCUUCUUGACUGGGGACCCGUUUUUGUUCAUUUUGUUUAAUGACAAGUUGUACUUUCUUUAUUGGUUUUGUAUUGAAUUGUAAUGAUGAUAAUGACGGAAGAAGCAAAUAUUUUCUGAAAUGGGCGUUUUCCGGCGUUUUAAAGGGCGUGGCUUCAAAUUAUUUUUCGUGCAAGCCCCCAGCCUCCGUUUCAGCCCCCCCCCUUUUUGGACUGGCGCACGUUACAAACUAGAUUGGAUAAAGAUCUUUUUUUCAAACAACGCGAAAAAGAAGAAGAAGAAACCAUAAGUGAGAAAAGAGAUAAUUGCCAUCUGCAUUUUCGUUAGUUUCAACACUUUUCGACGCAAAACUAUGUUGAUAAAGAAUUGGUGGGCUGAAUGCAAUUAAAAAUUUCUCAUCUGCCAAAAAGAGACUUAAGAAGUUUCACUCAGUUUUGGACCGGGCAAAAACUUAGCUGAUUUCGCAUUUUUGAAUUAUUUAUGCUUAAUCACGCAGAGUUCCUUACAGCUGCAAAGAUAUGGUACCAAAACCAAAAACACCUCAACCAUUCUGCUCCAAAGUCUGGAAAACGAUAUUGUUUUAAGGAGGUUUUGAAGGUGCAAGGAAGAAAAAACAACUUUGACGGAGAUCCGAUAAAACAGUUCAAAGCAGUUUCAUUUCGAUACCUUUUUGCUGAUAAAUUAAGCUUCACUAAACGAUGCUAUUUUUCUUUUUAACCGAAUCCACAUAUUGCAACCAUAUGGCACUAUUGGCACCAAAAUGGCUGUUCUCGGAUAUUAUCUGUAUUUGCCACGCCAAAUAUGUCACUCCCAGCAAAAUACCAAGCCCAAUUUUCUACAAAAAUAUUUGGAUUUUUGAAAUUUCUAAUUUUUGGCACAGCUUCACUACAUAGAAAGAAAAAAUAUUGCCAGGCUGACAAAAGCUUUUUGUAAAACACUUGCUGAAGCUAAUUAAUUCCUUCUAAUAUUAUUUUGGAAUUGAUAAGCUCUUUUCGUCUUAUUCUUACACGAACUGCGUUAGAUUCUAUUUGAUAUUACUGCAAUUUUUUCUUGCCGUUUUCGAAAUUUUUUGAUAUUUUCAUAUUCAUCCAACACCAGAGGUCAUGAUUGUUAUUAUUAUCAGCGCCGCAAUUGUCAUCGUCUUUGUCGUGAAUCAUCGCAAUCGUCAGUUAUAUUGAUCGUAAUCAUCGUCGUGAUUUUCAUCGUCAUUCUCAGUUAUCAUCAUUGUUAGUGAAUGCAUCGCUAGUUAUCGUUAACGUAAUGGUCAUAAUCUUCAUUGUCAUUUCCAUCGUCAGUUAUCGUCAUCGUUAGUGAAUGCAUCGCUAGUUAUCGUUAACGUAAUGGUCAUAAUCUUCAUUGUCAUUUCCAUCGUCAGUUAUCGUCAUCGUUAGUGAAUGCAUCGCUAGUUAUCGUUAACGUAAUGGUCAUAAUCUUCAUUGUCAUUUCCAUCGUCAGUUAUCGUCAUCGUUAGUGAAUGCAUCGCUAGUUAUCGUUAACGUAAUGGUCAUAAUCUUCAUUGUCAUUUCCAUCGUCAGUUAUCGUCAUCGUUAGUGAUGCAUCGCUAGUUAUCGUAAAGUAACGGUCAUAAUCUUCAUUGUCAUUUCCAUCGUCAGUUAUCGUCAUCGUUAGUGAAUGCAUCGCUAGUUAUCGUAAAGGUAAUGGUCAUAAUCUUCAUUGUCAUUUCCAUCGUCAGUUAUCGUCAUCGUUAGUGAAUGCAUCGCUAGUUAUCGUAAAGUAACGGUCAUAAUCUUCAUUGUCAUCUCCAUCGUCAGUUAUCGUCAUCGUUAGUGAUGCAUCGCUAGUUAUCGUAAACGUAAUGGUCAUAAUCUUCAUUGUCAUUUCCAUCGUCAGUUAUCGUCAUCGUUAGUGAAUGCAUCGCUACUUAUCGUAAAGGUAAUGUUCAUAAUCUUCAUUGUCAUUUCCAUCGUCAGUUAUCGUCAUCGUUAGUGAUGCAUCGCUAGUUAUCGUAAACGUAAUGGUCAUAAUCUUCAUUGACAUCUCCAUCGUCAGUUAUCGUCAGUUAACGUCUUAAUAAUGCUGAAAAGAGCCAAGUAAUCUUCAUCAUGCUUGCAUGUGCUUUCAACUAGCAUCAAAAGAAGUAGACCUAGCACGCUAACACAAGAUUCAUAAUAUCCAGUAGUUGUAACGCUUCCGUUUGUGGCAAGUUGCUGUUUGGGAACUCACUUGAACUUUAGUACUCAUCUGAUUGUUGCGAAGAAGGACGAAAGCUUUGAACCUCAUCAAGUGAACUUUGAAGCUUGAUUUUUACAACACGGAAAAGCAGAAAAAAGGCAUACUAAAGUGCUUUUUGCCCAACAUUUAAUAAUUAGCAUGUACCUUAUGUUUUGACUUGAAUAUGCUUUUUUCACUUUUUGAAUUUUCGCUAAAGGCUUAUUUGUUUAUCUUCGUAUCUGUUUUCAAAGGACCUCGUGCAACAGUUAAACUUCUACGAACCAGUACUUUAAACAAGAGGGUAAUGUUAGGGUGACAGUUACACAGAGCAAUAUAAUAAGGGUAGAUCUGAAAUAAAGUAUUGUACAGGCAUAGCAAACUAACGAUUCCCAUGUUACACCUGCCUCUUAAGUCCAAAUUGUAAUCACACGCAUAUGCGAUAUCGUCGUGUCGUUACAAGCGAGGAUCUGUAGCCCAGCUACUGAUUCUAAAUAUCAGUUCAUGUUAAGCAAUAACUAUGUCGAUUUCUAGAAACAGUUAUUUUAACCCAAACCUGAGCCUUGUGUUUCUCAUAGCUUGCUAGUUAAGGUUUGACAUAUGUUUAGGUCUUCUGAUCUUGUUUUUGCGUCUAACUAGGGCAGGUCGAUUAACAAUGUUCUUAUGUGAGGGUUGCCAAGUUUUUAUCAUACUGCAAUCUGAUACAUAGACGAUUGAAUCCAAAAUCAUCAUCUGCUCUUCCUAUAAAUGGUUUAGUUUUGAAUAUUAGGUUUUAGAGUCCUUUUAAGCCUACAGUUGAAGAAUUGUUUUAUUUUUCCUCUGUUUGAUAGCUUAGUUCGCACAUGAAAAUGUAUCUGAGUUUCACGAUCGAAAAAUGCUUCUGCAGUUUUCAACCUUACAUGCAUUUAAAACGACAGCUUUUGCCAUCUGAAAAAUUCAGAGCAGAACAGGUGCCAGCAUGGUCUGCUUCGACGAAAUUUGCAUAACAGCGCUUGUUGUUGCUAGGCAACAUGACAGCGCUAUGCAAAUGGCCUGCAGACCAAUGGUGAAGAAGCCAACACAUGCUUCUUCUCAAUUAGACUUAUGCCAAUUAGGUCAAGGUUAAAAGAGGAGCCUUGUGUCAGAAAGAUUUACAUAAAACCUAGCUUGUGGAUAGCAGAUCAUCGUUUAAGUGUCACAUUUGAUCGAACACGGAGAGUGAGAGGGAAACAAUCUUACACAAAGGCACAAAUAACUUCAAAAGAUAAAGACACUUAUUGUUGUAUCGCCACAUUUUGCCAACCGCACAAAAGGAAUUGAUUGGCUGGAGCGGAGCAAGCUGUCAAAAGCCUAUCAAAAGAUUCGUCAUUAGUCUUGCCUAAAUUCUCAGCAGAGGCUCAACGCAAGCCUCUAGAGACCAGCUUCUUGAAACAAAUAUGAAUGGAAACAUAGGAUCAAUGGCUCCAAGUCAAAUCGAGCGCGGUCGCUACGCAAUGCUUAAUAAAUACAGACGCAGCCUAUCGAUUGAAUCCGGCAGUUAUGCCCGCACAACUCUAAACAGGCAAUCUUCGAAACUAAAUGGCUCCUUUCCAACCGGGAAUUUGCCCUCCGCAAGCUCGACGCCACGCCAUUCGAUUUCCGGAUGCGAUGGACCGACGCUUAAACCUAAACGGAUAACUAUUAACGUGUCCGGCGAGAAGUACCAGACUUACAAAGAAACACUGGAUAGAUUUCCUAAAACUUUGCUGGGCGAUGCAUCAAAGCGGAAACAAUUUUUCGAAGAAGAGGAGAAUGAGUAUUUUUUCGACCGUGAUCGUCAUGCUUUCUCCGCCAUUCUUUAUUUCUAUCAAUCUGACGGACAAGUAUACUGUCCGAUAACAGUUCCGCUGCAUGUUCUGGUGGCGGAAAUAAAAUUCUUUGAACUAGGACAGGAUGCUUUGAAUCAAGUUCUUGACAAUGAAGGCCCAACCGUGGGCGAACUGCCGAAAAACAGAUUGCAGAGGGAAAUCUGGAAGUUAUUUGAAAUACCAGAAUCUGGCGUGGCGGCGAAUCUUUUGACGGUGUUUUCUGUUUUGAUUAUUAUUUGUUCUGUAACGAUACUGUGUAUUGAGACGUUACCAUAUUUUAAAGGCUUCGACCCUUUGCCAUCUGUCAAGGCUUUUGGUCGCAACAACUUCGCCCGUUAUCCGUCAGUCCGUCAACCAAUGUUCAAUUCUCCGCCUUUGCCGCAUUUCCUAAGAUUCAGAAACGAGACCCCACCAAUGCCAGAUGCCUUGUUAAAAGCACCAAACACUGCCGUUCCUAAUAAAAAGCAACCCAACCCGAACUGGCUGAAAAUUUUUGAGCUCUGCGAAACUGGUAUUGUAGCCUGGUUUACGCUGGAAUUCUUAGUACGCCUCUUAUCGUGCCCGAAUAAAUUGCAAUUUUCAAAAAGCUGCAUGAAUAUAAUAGACUUGUUAGCAAUUAUACCGUACUAUAUUACUUUGGCGUUUGAUGAACAUGGGCUUGGUCUUGAUAACAUACGAAUUAUUCGCCUGGUGCGAGUUUUUAGGAUAUUCAAAUUGUCAAGACACUCUCGUGGUUUGCAAAUUUUGGGCCUAACAUUGAAAGCAAGUAUUCGAGAACUUGGCCUGCUAAUCUUCUUUUUGUUAAUCGGUGUGAUAUUAUUCUCAAGUGCAAUCUACUACGUCGAGGAUCAAACAUUUCAAAGCAUUCCGGAUGCCUUUUGGUGGGCAAUAAUAACCAUGUGCACAGUUGGCUACGGCGACAAGGUACCAGACACCUUCUCGGGAAAAGUUAUUGGAAGCCUGUGUGCUAUAUGUGGGGUGUUAACAAUCGCUUUACCAGUGCCUGUUAUCGUCUCAAACUUUGAUUACUUCUACCAACGCGAACGAGCAAGAAAGUUUAAUCAGUUUGUUACACAAGAUUUUGAAAGCGAAGAAUCUAGCUCUAAAGAUAAUAAUACUUCCAUGCUGAACGGUGGGUCUGAAUACAGACGGCAAGAGUUGAUCGAGAGGCAGAAGAAGUUGAAACGGCUUCAAAACAACGGAGGAUUAGUAAGUAAACGCAUAAGAGAGUUGCUGAAAAAGGGGCAUGGUGACAAGCGGACAAAUAACAAUGACUGGAAUGAGGAAGAUGCCAAUCAAGUAGAGAGAGAAUCAGUCGUGUGAUCAUAUGCGAUAUCAAGCGAUUAGUUGAUGAAGGAUUAAAUCUAGUAUUCAUCGCAUGUAGGAAUAGUGAAAGAACAGGCGACGGAAGCAAUAUAGAACAAACACUCGCGGACGUUAGUUCGUGGCUGACGCAGUGACGACACUGAUUGCAAUCAACGGCCUUGAAGAUUUGUUUGAGGAAAGGCGAAUACAUACGAAUAUGAACAAUGGAACACAUAAGAAUAUUUCUUGAAUGUGUUCAAUGUUGGCAGGGGCUAAACGGGCAUUGCUCACUGCUAGUCAGAUUCUAGGACUAUUUGAGAAUAGAACACGAUGUGAUGAUGGUGGAAACAGAAAAUAUUUAGCCCGAAAUGAAAAAAGACACUUUUUUAUUCUGUAUGUUUAGAUAUUCAUCAUCAUGGCUCAGUGACAUGUAAAACUACUGAAUAUCAAAAGUUUUAGUUAAAAUGUCAUGAUAAUCUCAUGAAAAUCUUUCUAGAAUAUCAAAGAACCUUGUAUCAGAUUCAAGCUUCAAUUGUAAAUAUUUUCUUGAACGAAGAUUCAAAUGCGCAUUAUGACUAAAGUUUACUGUAUUAUAUAUUACGUAGUUACCAGCGGUUCUUAAAACCAACAGUUUACUUGUGCAUGAGGCAUUGAUAAAGUUCCCAGAUCUUCUUGUUUGCACGUUGUUUGUGGCCCCUAUGAUAAACCCCUUUAUCUUUAAAAAUGGCAGAAUUGAUGCCCAUUUGCUUACAAAGAACAAUUUUUGCUGGCCUGUUGUUUUUUGCUACUACAUGUGAAAGUUACAUAACGAAAACAUUUUCUAUCAGUCAAAUAAGAGAAAGUUCUUAUUUCAGGUUUUUCUAUGCUUUUUGCAAAAGUAUUGUUUCGUGAGCCAGAUUUUCAACUAUUAGGUUAACUGGGUUUCCGCAUGGCUAACAUUUUUUGCAAGAACAUUUUCUAUUUGCGCAUUAAAUGAUCGAUUUUUAAAAUUAGACCAAUCAUUCCUCCUUUUUUUUACUGAAAACAUUGAAAAAAUAGCAAAAACUCCGAUAUGACUUCUUUAAUAGCAAAUGUUUCAGGAUGUCCAUGUUAUUUAGAUUUGUUCACGAUUCCUUUUAUAAUCUUUCCCCUGGGUAUAUUUCGCAAUUAAUCUCGAUUCGCGCCGUGGGAAGUUUUCGCCAAGAGGAAAUCCGGCUUCAAUCCGAAAUCCAAUUCAUAGGCUAAACAGACUGAAACGUGAAGAGCUGGGUGAUAUUUAUUUGAUAUCUAUCAUGUUGAUAUCGUUAUAUUGUCGUGUUACUAAAAUCAGGAGACCUUGAAAAGGUAUUCAAGGUUAGAAUAUUUCAAUUAAAGUCUAAUGGUGGUAUUAUUGUAAAAACAAUUUUUCAUGUAGUAGAGCAAGUACUCUAAAACUAGCCUUUUAUAAUGUUUGGUGUGUACCUAAGCAUGCAACUUUCUGUAUGUUGAUAUAUUUUGCUUUCUUAUGUAGAGUAACAAUUGAUAAUUUCCUGAACGAAAUCAUGAUCAACAGGUUCGUAUUCACUUGAAAUCUGCCUUCCUGCAAAG